UUGGACCCGUGGAGCUAACAGGGAGGAGGACUCGGCUUGAGAGCGGCGAGACGGACUGAAAAUGAGCAUAAGAAGCACAUUAUCAGCCCGGGAAAAGCUGUCACACAGCUAGCACGGUGGAAGCCAGAUAAGAAGAGUGACUACAAGUGUUAUUUACUCUGUGUUAACGCCUACAGUCCAAGGACGUACGAGGAACACAGGCGAGACUGGGGCGACCGAGGUGCGGGGUUUUGGAUGGCAUUUGCAAGGGCCGGGGAAGGGCUGUCGAAAACCUGAAGUGAUAGGAGCCGGGGUAACGUUUUGGAUAUCAUGUCUUGACUACUAAGGGCGAAUUAUCCCCGGAUAAAGUGCACCAGCACGCCAGAAAUAAAGGCCUCCUCCGAUGGGGCGCUGUGCUCUUUAAUCCAGCUAGAAACCUCGACAAGCAAGCGACGAGCUACGGCAAAGGGUGAGGUACCCAUGUAAUCCGGAGGAGGGACGCUUCAUUUGCAAUUGAAAGGAUUUAUGGGAUCACAAGUUUCCUCUGAUGAGAUGAGUGUGCGUGCUGGCCAGGGCAGUGAUGAGGUGCUGGUUUCACAGGCGGUGUGGGAUUACCUGGCUGCAGCUGGGAGGCCCUGGCUCAUUGACUUCCAGCACAAGCAGGGGAUGAGUGCUGGUAUCAUUAGACGAGGGGAGAGGGGGGGCUGCUGCGCUGUGAGGUUGCAGCCGGUGGAAGGCUCCAAGAACGCAGGAGCUGGUGUAAUGGAUGGACCCAUCUCCAGCGCGACACGAAAAGCCUUCAUUGACUUAUGCCGCUGUGCCCGCAAAGAAAUGAGCAAACAGGAGGGGGGACCUAAGAGGAAAAGGGCUCUGCUGCCCUGUGUCGGAGUCCUGGAGCCGAAUGGAGAGGGGAACCUGCUUCAGCCGCCACCUCCCCAGCCACGGCGCUCCCAGAGACAACAGCAGAGAUUCAGGAAGCCUGCUGAUGAGGAGGCCUGUGCCGUGCUCCACGAGGCAGCUCAGAGGAAGGACAUGGACUCCAGCAUGGCUUCCCACAGCGAGGCAGAGGACAACAAUACUUGUUCAAUCUGCAUGGGGGACAUAGUGGAGAAGACCACCCUUGAGAGGUGUGGCCACUCGUUUUGUCGCUCUUGCCUGGAUCAAGCCUUUAAGGUGAAGAAAGCGUGUCCUGUGUGUCGGUUAGUGUACGGCCAGUUGAUUGGGAACCAGCCUGCCAAUGGCACUAUGAUCGUAGAGAGAGAUCCUGAUCUGGAGCUUCCUGGGCAUGAAGGCUAUGGAUGUAUCUGCAUCAUCUACAGCUUCCCUCCUGGCUUACAGGCACCAGAACACCCAAACCCAGGUGUUCGCUACCCAGGAACCGACCGUGUGGCCUACCUCCCUGACAGCCCUGAGGGGAACCGUGUGCUGGGCCUGCUGCGCCGGGCCUUUGAACAGCGCCUUAUCUUCACCGUCGGUACCUCCAUGACUACAGGCAUGCAAAAUGUCAUUACUUGGAAUGACAUUCACCACAAGACCUCAAUAUGGGGCGGGCCCCGCUGUUUUGGCUACCCAGACCCCACUUACCUGGUGCGAGUGACAGAGGAGCUCAGAGAGAAAGGCAUCACAGUGGACUGACAGCAUGAAAAUGACAGACUCUUCCAGGACUUUCCGAGUGUCCUUGUGGUGGACAUGACUCAGCUCCGGGUUGGUCUCUGAGACUGCCCGUCCCCUAAAGGUUGGCUGAAGACAAGGCCCUCAGCAGACAGGCGUCUGAUGCUGCAGCAGAGCCCACAUCACUCCUCCAAUUGUUCCUCUGUUUGUUCAUUUUUCCUCCAGAGUUCAGCUUAACCUAGUGCUACAUGUGGAAGAAAAUACUUUGAGUGCAGUGCAUUCUUGUAUUACACAAUCCUCUACCUGUCACUGUUGGCAAUAGGACCGAUAUCUGAUGCACUUCAAGAGUAUUAUGUUUUGUUGGAAUUACAGGUACUUAUAUAUUAUUUAGAAAAUCUAAGUUUAAUGUUAUUAAGACAGUUAUAUUAAUGUUGAUUUCUACUCUGGGGAUCACUUUAUUUCUUAUAAGCACACAUGCUUGGUUUUAUCUCCCCAGAAAUGUUUGUUGAGCAAGUCUCUAAUUUGAUUGUUACUAAUUACCUGUUAUAAGGAUAAGAUUUGGAUUAUAUGGCAGAAUAGCAUUGCCUCAAUAGAAAGAAUUCAUUCUGAAGUUAUUGCAAUCUAAAGCACUCACAGGCACUUUGGUGAGGGAAUCUGUUUUUCAGUGAAGUACAAGUAAUGCUUUUUUCUUCCUAUAUAUCGGAAAAGUGCUCGGGGCAAACAGGUUCGUGCAGCCAUCAACUGUUAGUUUGGUGGCCACAAGUUGAUGUCAAAUGUUUGGAUCUCCUUAUUUGUGUGUGUGUGUGUGUGUGUGAUCUUCAUUUUUCCCUUCGUUUUUUCUUAAAUUAAGGAGAAUGUUAAACGAUGUCUCAUUGCAGCACCUUUUCUCACACACCGUAGGACCUCCCCCCUGGGUUUUUUUUGCCAUCGGUCACUCCUGUUAUUUCAAGAUGUCUCCCAGGUGUUGAGCCCAUUACCUCAGUUGUUAGUAAUGUGCUCAUCUAAUUACCAGAUUUAUGACGAUGUCAAAUAUAAAGGGCAUAUAGACCACUUAAACCAAAUCAAAGGCACAAAAGCUCUUUAAAUCUAUGCCUCUGUCCCUGUCAAACUGGGAGAUUUGCCUGCUAAUCUUCUCAUUAAAAAGGGUGACUGUUGUAGAUUUGUUUAUCUAAAUAGAUCAUCUGUGAUACACAAUGAAAAAAUUACAAAAGAAAAUGUUGGCGAUCAAUUGAUAUGAUUUGGGAUGGGUGGGAUAUGGAUCUCAUUUUGUUGUGCCUUUCUGAUAUUCACUUUUGAUUAAAAAAAUCGAGCAUGAUGUUACUAAUGAAUGGUAAGCAGUUUGGGCGUAUUUCAGUAUCCUUUGGUAGGUAAAUAGCAUUAUGUUUGUGGCUAUAUUAUCUGGCUUUAAGUACAAAUAUUACAUAGUUCAUGGAAAUAUGUAUACUAAUGUGUAUUAUUCUCCUUCAUAAACAUUAUUGCAGUCCAAAUGCUGAAGAAACCCCUCAGAACUGAUAAAGCUGUAUGUGUGAAAGUGCUUUGCUAAGUGCAGUAACCUGCUUGGCUAGUGGUACAUUUGUCAUUAAUUUGACUGGUCAGAUCCAUACAUCAAAUACCCUUUAAUUAUUUUUUCAUUACCUUUGUAUUUUAGUUUAAGGGACCAACUGAAAUAUUUUUGGGACACAGGAUUGUAGUUUACUCAAGCUACUGUGCAAACAUUUCUAUGCAUUACACGACCGAGAAAGAGCCGUGAGAACGGAGAGAUUACACAUAUUACAAACUGAUUGUUAAGGAAAAGACAGAGUUUUGCUUUUCUAAUUGUGUUGAUUCGUACUUUGUUGAUAUUCAGAAUAAUGUGCUUUACAUUUUAAUACUUGAAUAAAAAGUUAUG